AUGAAGGUCGAAGACGGCUUGUUGACGCCUAGUUCCCUCCUGCGCCUCGCUGUUGAGGCAACAUGCAUGCUUCUCCUGUUUGCCACCGCCAUAGGCAAUUUAUCGGGGUACUCGUGGUUUCACAACUCGCUGCCCCAUCAAGAAUUGCCAACUGGACAGAAACCCUCAGCACCGCCCAGCGGGCUUUCCGAGUCGAGUAGUGCCGGUGUUAUUCUUGACUCCGCAAAGUUGCAGGAAGAGAUGACAAAAGCGGGCCUUCUCAUCUCGGCGUGCUACGAAGAAAGGAGGACCAGCCAGAGGGAAUUCGUCGUGUGCAUGGGGCGGAUGCCGUGCGACGGUAUAAACCACGGCGCCGUGGCACUGAAAGGAGCAAAGCACGUGCUCGCCACAGCUCAAGGACAAGAAAAAGCCAUCAGUGUGGCGCGCAGUGUCGUAGUCCACCUUUCGCGACAACUUGGCACAUCUGAUCUUCCAGCAAUAUUUGCCGAGGCCAAGGGAAUCGGCCUGGCAUGCGACAGUCUUCAAGUGUGA